AUGGAGCUAGCGCAGCUUGACGACGACGAUAAUGAACCGUGCGAUCCCCAUCUUCUGAGCCUGUGCGUCAAGCUCGAGCAGCGGACCAGUCGAGGCCAGCUUGAUGACUUUGACGAAGAUGACGACUUGGACGACUGCGAAGAUGACGACGAGCUGGACUGCGACGACGAUGACCUCGAACGCUCGGCCAUCAUUCCCGGCGGCGAGAAGCAGUCGAGCAAAAGCAAGCAGACGGUGCGGCGGUCGUCGCGGGGCAAGUGGACCAAGGAGGAGGACGAGCUGCUGCGCCGCGCGGUGGAGCUGCACAAGGGCAAGAACUGGAAGACCAUCGCGUCGUACUUCCACGGGCGCACCAACGUGCAGUGCCUCCACCGCUGGCAGAAGGUCCUCAACCCGCAGCUGGUCAAGGGUCCGUGGACCAAGGAGGAGGACGAGCUCCUCCGCAAGUACGUCUCCAUCUACGGCCCCAAGACCUGGGCCCUCAUCGCCAAGGAGCUCGGCGGCCGCAUCGGCAAGCAGUGCCGCGAGCGGCUCGGCAACCGGUGGGUGGAGAUCGCCAAGCUGCUGCCCGGCCGCACGCCCAACGCCAUCAAGAACCACUGGAACUCCAAACUACAGAAGUACGUCCUCGUCAAGCACACCGACGGCUCCCAGGAGCUACACCUCAAGGACGCCUCCGCCUCCGGGACCGCCACCGCCGCAGCCGCCACCACCGGCAAGGACAAGGACAAGAAGGGCUCUGGGUCGGCCUCGUCGUCGGCUUGCACGUCAGCUUCGUCGUCGCCCGACAUCGGCGCGGUCACGUCGGUAACCGGCGGCGUCGGGUCGUCGCGGCCCAGGAAGCGCGCUCGGACGGCGUCGGCGCCGCUCAAAGAGCCCAAGGUCGACCCCGACGCCCAGGACCGGUCGCCCUCCUCCGCCUACCAGUCGCUCUACCACCACCACGACCACCACCGCCACCACCACCCCCGCCACCCGUUCUCCCACCACCACUUUGCGGCUGCCGGUUGCUUAGAGUCGGCACCCGCUUCGUCUCCCACCUCCGCCGCCAUCAUCACUUCGACGUCGGCCUAUCCCUCGUCACCACCGCUGCCCUCUACCGCCGCGUACCCCCCUCUGCCGACGAUACACGCCGGCGCGCCAUCGCACAGCCGCAAGCGCCACUCGACUGCACUGAUGGAGGACGUCGUGGGAAGCGAGGAGGACCAGCUGCUGCUCCACUCGUGCGGACCCUCGUCCGACGACUUGGCCACGAGCACGACGACGACGCGCAGCACCUGCACGAGCGCCCACGGCUCCCGCCUGCCGUCGCCGCUUCUCGAUCGCUUUUCCGAGUUCCCCGACGGAAGCGACAGCGCGGACCACCACCGCCACCAUGCGCCCUUUGCUCACAACGGUCGCCUCCACCCAGUCGUCAAGCCGGAGCCCUCCGCGCUCGACCACCACCAGCAGCAGCACCACCAGGCACACCCCGUCAAGGCUGAGCCGUUGUUCGAAGACGAGGACAGCCUCUCGGCCGAACUGCGACAUUUCGUGUUUGCGCACACCUCCACCGGCCACCACCGCACAUCGAGCGACGGCGACGAGGAAGCGCUCGCGGUGGCCCUCGACCCGUUCGACCAGAACUCGACGCCUUUCGAGCAGCUGGCGCCCAUCGAGCCCCUCGAGUUCGACCAGCUCAAUUCGUCGCGCCUCCUCGACCUCCCCUCGGAGCUGCUGCCCUCUAUCUAG